CUACAGGUUUUGGCACCCUGCGUUCGCUCAUUCCACUGACUCUUGGCUGGUCUCUCAUCUUCUCCCUCCUUAUCAUUUUUUUCCGUCGUUCAUUAUUAUUAUACGUUCAAACUUAGUGUUUUAUUUUUAUACACUCGCUACAUACAGUUGUCUUACUGUUACUACGUGAUAUUGCUAUUUGCUGGGUGCGAGUCAGAUAUUCUUGCUGUCUGUACAGAAAUCUAAACAUCCGUUUACCGAAUCCGGGGAAUUAUAAUGCACAUUUACCUCUACGAAAAGUUGGUAAGUAAUUAAUUGGUUUAAUUUUAAAAAUUGUGCACUUUUGACCAAUAAAACGUCAAAUAUUAUUUACUGUUUUCAUUUAUUGACGAAAUUUCACUAAAAAACGGCUAUGUGGUCACUGUCUCAUGUGUUUUGUAACUGAGUGCAACAAUAAUAAAAUUAGAUAUUACGUGCAUGUUUUAAAAAGUCUUAAAUUCAUUACCUACAUUGCUCGAUCAUGUGUUUUGCUUAUUGAUCCACGUAUUAACUGUUUGAUUGUGUUCAUUACUCACCACCAUAGUUGUUUUCAGAUGUACCUAUGCGCUUGUUUGUUAUUGUAAUAUUGUUGUUAAAUUCUGAACUGAUUGAUUAUGGAUCCAUUUUAUGAUAACCAUUCUAAUGUCCCCGAUAUUCAUCUUAGUGAUGUUAGUAAGUAUAUGAUUGCCAGUUUUGUAUUAAAUAUUUAAAAAUUAAUUAAUGGUGUAGGUAAAUAUUAUGUAAUAAUGUGGUAUAUGUAGGUACUUAUUUGUUAACAAAAUGUAUGGGCCUUAAUUCUAUCACAGAUUACAUCUAUUUGUGAUUCUAUCCUUUACCAAAUAAAUUCUGUAAGAGCCAAACAAAUAGACAAUUUUUUGAUUUUUAUUUUUCUUAAAUUAAAUAGGUAUUUUGUUUUCCAUUUAUUGAGUGACUGUUAAGAAUAAUAUUUUUAUUUUGAAUAUAAGCAUAAAUUGUUUUAUACCUACAUUAAAAAAUAUAUAGUGAAAUGUAUUAAUUUGUUACUUGAUAAAUGUGUUACUUAUUAAUUAUUACUAUCCUAUGUUUGAAUAAGUGUUAAUAUGUAGGUACAUAUAUAUUGUUUGUUGUCUAGUGUAACACUAAUGGGAAUUUUAAAUGUUUGCUAUUAAAUAUAAUUUAUAAUAAAUUUGAAUUUGUAUGUGAUGUGUAUAUUUCGAACAUGAGGUUGCAAGUUCCGGCAAUACCAUGAAGCCUAAAUUCUAAGUAACGUUCUAAGAUUGGGAUUUUUCAUUUGAUUGUACUUUAUUUGACAUAUUUUUCAAAUUUCUUAAUACUUAUUCUAAAAAUUCUUUUUAAGUUUUUUUUUAAACACUUGGUUAGGUACGUUCCAAUUUUUUCUCACAGUACAUCUAAAGAUAACGAAUUGUUCGUUUUGGUUUUUAUGCAACAAGAGAAAAGACAAUACAUAAGUAAUAAUACUCUUUUUAGAAUCAUUUUUUAUUUCCAUUAAUUAAUAUACAAGAAUGAUAUUAUCAUUCCUUCUUAACUACCCACCUGUAACAGUAGCCUAUUUAUGUGCAGUAUCAUUUUUUUAAAUUUCAGUUUUUGUGUCUGUAUUUACUAUGUUUGGAAGUUCUGGUUUCAUUCAGCUAUAAAUGGAUAAAAAUAAAAAAAUUAUAAAAAGGAAAACUGUAGGUUUCUAUAGUAAUGCGUUACAUUUUGUUUAUUAAUCAUAAUGAUUGUUAUUAUUUUAUUGUUUAUAUUGUCACAGGCAAGCCAUACAAAAUUUAUUCAUAUAUUUAUAUGAAUUUGGUUGUAAUGGAUACACUGUGUGGGUAGUAUAUAAUAUUAGAGGGUAAUACACUGAUUAAUAUUGUGUACAGCAGAUUCCAGAAUACCAUGAUUUUUCCAAUGAUUACCAAGAUUUCCUAAAGAUUGUCUGUAAAAUUACCAAAAAUUUGUAAAAUUAUCACCAUUAUUGAUUUACCUUCUGUAUAAUAUAUAAGAUAAUUUUAAAAAUGUGUUAAUAGUACAAAUAAAAUAUAUUGUUUAUUAAACAUAAGUGUUUAAAAAAUAUAUUUGUGUCUUAUAAUUUUAAUUAAUUUCAAACAGGUAGUUGAUGUUUUACACUUGAAUAUUAUUGUCAAUGUGUGUAUCAUUCUAUACAUUUAUGGGUUUAAAUCGGUGUAAAUUUUCCCUUAAAAUCCUAACCAGUGUUAAUGUAAAAUUUGUUUAAUGCCAUUGAUGGUAUAAAUUGCUUACACCAAUUGAAUGUCUUCACGUUCAUAUGGUGCAAGUACACCGGUAACAGAAGCCAAAAAAUUGUUUAGAUUAUUAAUAGACAUUUUCAAUUACAGAUUCUCAGUUGAGUAAUAUGAUUUGUUUUUAAAUUAUGAUUUUUUUUUUUAGUCAGACUUUUAAAGCAAUAAAUAUACACUAAUUUUUAGUUUACUUUAGUAAGGAACAAGAAACUAAAUACAGAUCGUUCAUAAAUAUGAUUUUUAAAAUUUAAAAAGUAGUUUUCAAAUUGGAGGGAAGAGGAAAUGCAAAAAAGAAAUAUUUUACAUUUAAUUUGAAAUAUUUAUAAGUUUUAUUCAAUCAUUUUUUGAUUGAAAUGUAUAACAAUAUAGAUCUAUAUUACACCAAGUGUGUGUGUGUUUUUUAAGUAACAUUUUAUCUUAUUUUACUCAAGAACCUUCAAUUGAUUUAACCUAUAAUUAAAUUAAAUACAGUUAAAAGUUGAAAUCAAUUUUGUUUUUAUACUGUUUAAAACAAGUAUUAGAUUAGUAAUAUUUUUAAUGAAUACUUAUGUUAACAAUUGUUAUUUUAAAGAUAAUAAAUGCGCAAAUUAAAAUGUUGGUAUAAUGUUAUUAACAUUUCAAUUAAGUACCAAUACAUUUUUUUUAGGUUAUAUUGACUAUUUGUUUAUAUUUUUUUGUAAAUUUGAUUGUUGUACAAUAUAGAAAAGAAAAUAUUAAUUUUAGUAUAUAAAUAUAAUUUUUUAGUUGAGGUGAUUGAAGAACACGUAAGGACGGACCCUAUGCAACAAAUGGACGGUACAUUAUUAAGUAAUGGCCGAAAACCAACCAACCAACCUUAUAUAAAAAUUAUUGAACAGCCUGCUUCAAAGGCUUUAAGAUUUCGAUAUGAAUGUGAAGGUAGAUCUGCCGGGAGUAUACCUGGUGUUAACAGUACUCCUGAAAACAAAACUUACCCAACAAUUCAAGUAAUUUAACUUGUAAAACAUUUCUAUUAAUAUGAUAAAUAUUUCUUACUGUAUAUUGUUACAGAUAGUGGGUUAUAAAGGAAGGGCUGUUGUUGUAGUAUCAUGUGUUACCAAAGAUAGUCCAUUUCGCUCCCAUCCACAUAACCUUGUAGGACGAGACAAUUGCAAAAAAGGAAUUUGUACUAUUGAAAUUAAUAAUGAUUCUAUGACUGCAAGUUUUCAAAAUUUGGGCAUCCAAUGUGUAAAAAGAAAAGAUAUAGAUGAAGCUCUUAAAGUACGUGAAGAGAUACGUGUGGAUCCGUUCAGAAGUAUGUAAAUUAAUGUUUAUAGACAUUUAGUUGUAACUAAAUAAAUUAUAUUUGUAUGUUAUUUUGAUAAAUUGGGAAUAUUUGUGUUUCACAUUGAUGGUUUAUAAACAGAUAUGCAUAUAUUAUUUUGAUUCAUUUUUUAUAUAUAAUAUAUAUGUUCAUGUUCAUUGUUUGAUAUAAAUUAUAUAUUAACCCAUCAAAUAACAAUAUUUUAAUUGAUUAUUAAUGUGAUAAUUUGAAAUUCUGUUCACAUUUGAUUUAGUUUAACUAAACAAAUCAUAGACUAAAAUCACAAAAAGCUCUAAGAAAGUAGUAACGGUACUUUGAUAACUUUUUUUGUUUUUAUAUUAACAAUUGAGUAUUGAAACAGUGAUGUAUGAGUAUGCCAACAUAACUGUUAAAUCACAUGAUACGCAUCCUUGGGGCUGAAAUAAAUGGAUUUUUAAGAAAGUAUUAAACGUUUUCAACUUCUAAGAGAUAUUUAUACUUUUAGUCAGAUCUAUAUUUAUAUUUUAAUCUUUUAUUUUUUGAAGGCUAUUUUUUAAAAUUAUAUUUUGAUUAAGAUAUAUAACCAAAUUUCUUUGGUUUAAUUAUUAAUAUUUUUUUCAGCUGGGUUUUCACAUAAAGAAAUUCCAACUUCAAUUGAUUUAAACGCAGUUAGGCUAUGUUUCCAAGCAUUUUUAGGAGGUGCUCAAAAAGGAAAAUAUAGUAUUCUUGAACCAGUUGUCUCUGACCCAAUUUAUGACAAAAGUAAGUUAUUUGAUUUGGUGGCGUGCAGACAAGUUACAAAUAAGGUCUAGGCUACAUUUGAAAAUUGGGAUGGGUGAUAUUUCAUGUUUGUUUAUAAUUUACAGGUAAAAUUAUUUAAAAUGAGAUUUACUAUAAAUCAAAAAAUAUAAGUAAGUUUAUUACACUGAGUUGUGAGGACGUAACAAAUAAAUUACAUUGAAGUUAUUGAUACUUUUUGAUUCUCAUCAUAGAUUUUAAAAGAUUCAUUAAUGUCAAAGAUAAAUAAAUCUAAUUAUGAACAAAAAAAAGUGUUUCUCUAUUCAAAUCUAAUAAAUUAUUAUUCAUUUUAUAAAUGUAAAUAUUAAAUUUUUAUACUUUUUAGAUACAUCAUAAAUGAGGCAUAGUUAUUUCUAGUUAUAUUUUAUUGAAUUUUUAUUGACAAUAGUAUAAACAAUUAAUCUUGUAAUAUAAUCAAAGGGUUCUGCAUGACACUGCUUUGAUUUAAUAAAAUGUAAUACAUGCAUUUGUCAUCUCAAAAAUUUGUUUUAGAAUUUUCUAUUAUAUAGCUUAUUUAGUUAGUUUGGCAUAAAAACCCUUGUUAACAAAUUCGCUAAGAAGAAGUUUAUAUAUUAUUGAAAUAGAUUUUUAAUAUUUUAUUUUCACUAUCCAAUAUAUCUUUCUAAACUUUGUGUUUUUUAUACACCUUAAUAAAUACAUAAUAAAGGUAUUGCCUUUGGCACAUAUAUAUUACAGAUAAAAAGAAAUUUCUCCUCUAUAAUUUUUUUAAUGAAUUUUGUUCCUGUUUGAUCCCAUUCAAUAAAUUAUGUUAUUGAAAAUACAAAAAUAAAUUUUCAUUAUAUUGAACAUUAGAUAGAGAUGAAAAAUGUUGGUAUCCCAUAAUUAUAAUGAAAUAUUUAAUGUGUACUUAUUUUAAUUUAUUUUUUUAGAAGCAAUGUCUGAUUUAGUUAUUUGUAGACUAAGUGACGCAUCAGCUUCAGUAGCAGGUGGUAAAGAUAUCAUAUUGUUAUGUGAAAAAGUAACUAAAGGUAAAAUUUAAAUUAAGUUUUAUUUAAUAUUUAGUAUGUAAUUAUGUAUACUGAUAUUAUUAUUUAGAUGAUAUACAAGUAAGGUUUUACGAGGAAAAAGAUGGCAAAUGUAUAUGGGAGAGUUAUGCUGAUUUUCAACCUCAAGAUGUUCAUAAGCAAGUGGCCAUAUAUUUUAGGACGCCGAAGUAUAGAACAACAGAUGUAAAUUAGAUAAAAUAUUUAUUAUCUUAAUAAACAUAAUAUUAUAUAUUGUAUGUUCCUUAAAUAAUCUUAUGAUAUCACUGAUAACAUUAUUAUCAAUGUCUACCGACUCAUGAACAAGUUAAAUGAUAAAGCUUUCCUAGAUGCCACUGAUGUUAUUAUACAUGAAUUAAGAAACAUAAAGAUACAUUUAUAUUUUCAUCUUUAUAAAAAUAUAUUUUAAUUUUAUUGUUUUUAUUUUAUGUUUUAGAUCAACUCGACGGUGCAUGUAUGGAUACAGUUAAAAAGACCUUCAGAUAACAUGUGUAGUGAACCUCGUCCAUUUAUGUUAACUCCAGUCGAUUCAGGUAUGUCCCCUCAGAAAUAUGAUAGGCUACCAGAAACCCAUAUUAAUGAAUACUGGGCAGAUGAUCAAUUUGAAGAAAAAGUACCGCUUAGUGUUUUUGAUAAAAAUAAAGAUAAUGAAGAUAUCAAAGAUUUUAAAGAUAUCAAAGAUUUUAAAGAUUUUAAAGAUAUCAAAGAUUUUAAAGAUAUCAAAGAUUUUAAAGAUAUCAAAGAUUUUAAAGAUAUCAAAGAUUUUAAAGACAUCAAAGAUAUUAAAGAUAUCAAAGAUAUUAAAGAUGUAGAAAUGGAAAUAGAAAUAAAAGAGGAGCCUCUAGAUUUAGAAGAUAAUGAUGAAAGUAUAUAUGGUAUUAAAAAAGAUUAUAGUGAAGAUACAAGUAGUACUUCUACAGAGGUUUUGGGUGAAGAUUUGCGUGGAACUUAUUCUAGUCUUCAGAUGGCAUUUAAAAAUCCAUGUUCAAUACCUGAAAGAUGUCAGAGUUAUGAAGAUAUAUCAAUUAUACCUCCUCGACCUCCUAGCAGUUCUAAACCUAAGUUUGAUACUAAUACAGCACCACCUUUGCCUCCAAAAAGGGUUAAAAAAAAUCCUAGACCAUUAAAGUAUCUUCCUACAGUGCAAGAAAAACCUUCAAAGAUAAAAUUGUUGCACAAGUUACUAAAUAUGCGGAAAAGAAGCAAAUCAAUGUGUUCAUCAAAUAGUAGUAUAAAUGAUCCUAUUAAUGAUACACCUUUAACUGAAGCGGAAAAUUAUGCUUUGUAUACUUCUGUCGCACCACAUGCUGCCAUGUCGGAGUUUGAUGAAUCUUCUAUGUAUUAUUGCACUGUGGAAGGGGGAAAAGUUACGCCUGUGAAAUAAUGAAAAAUAAUAAAAUAUUUGUUUUAUCAUAUUUUCACUUUUGCUCAACAUUUAUUAAAUUGUUGAAUUAAAAAAAAAAAAAAAAAACUUAUCAGGGUUAUUAAAGAAUUUAAAUUAUUGACUGGAAAUUAAUAUGAUAUGAAACUAUUUUGCUUGUACUAACAAUUUUAUAAUUUUAAUUAACUGGUUCUUAGUUACACAUAUUUAUUAAGUAUAGCAAUAGUGAAAUUUAAAAAUUAGCUCUAAAUUAAUAAAUUAACUAAUUAGUAACUGUUUUCAUUUAUCAUUGUAUACAUCAUAAUAGUUUAACCAAAAUGUUUUGGUUAUAAUAUUUCUGUUUUUUUUUUUCUUAUGUUGUUAAUUGGUAUACAUUUUUAUAUUGACGUUAAUUAUUGUGAGCCAAGUUUAUGUUCAAAAAUAUAUUUCAUUUUUUAAGUUUAUUGAUUUGUUUAUUGUGCGUUAUAGGAUUACCAAGGAGAGAUAAAAGACAGAAAUUGAACGAAAGUGAAAUUUUGAGGCAAUUACAGAGUGACCCUAGUGAGUAAAAAUAAUAUAAACGCCAUUUAUGCUUAUAUAAACAACCCUGGGCGAUGUAAGGUGAUUAAAAACAAUUGUUACAAUUCGGUGCCGGUGUCAAUCAGUUAAUGUCAGUUUAUUUUAACUAGCAUGUUAUUAUUAUUUUUAAAUUUAAUGAAAAAGCAAUAUCAUGUUAUCUCCGUACAAGCCUAAUUGUGAUUCUCUUUUUCUUUAUGUUCACAUAUAUAUAUAUAUACAUAUGAUUGCAUUUAUAUAUACAUUUGUAGUUUAGUAUGUGAAAACACAAGAAGAAACGAACAAAUAAAAUUGUGGAAAUAAUAAAAUUAAGUAAGUAGGGUAGAAUAUUUUUUGGUUUUAUGAGUUUUUUAAAAAGUUUAAUUCAAUAUACUGGAUGGGAUAUCUGUAUACUUGGUUAUUUAAUUUCAUAUAAUAGUUUAUUGGAAAAUACAAUAUUUAAAUAAUAUUAAUGUAUCCAUAAUAUGUACAAUGUUGAUACUAAAACAUAUUUUUCUAGAAUAAUAUUUGAAGUAGUUUGCAUGCUAUUGAGUAGUAAUACAGUAUACCUUGUAUACAUAUUACCAUGAUAAAGUUUGAAAACAUCAGUUUUAUUUGUUCACUAUUUUAAAAAUUGUAUUGAUUCUUAAAGUGUAUUAUUUUUUUUAACAAUGUUUAUUUUUAAUAUGCUAUUAAUUCACUAAAUAGUCAUUUUUCAUUGUAUAAAAACACUUAAACUUGAAACAAAAGUUAUAUUUAUUUAUUUAUUUAAAAGUAAGUAAAUGAAAUAAUUAUAUUUUAAUAUGAAAUAUUAAUUUUAUGUAAGUGGCAUAAUUAUUAUGUACUUCUUUAAGCAUACUGUAUUCCAUCCUGUAUACGUUUAUACAUUUCUUGACAAUUUUAUCUGAAUAUUUUUUGUGGUGUUAUCUUUUCUUUAGAAUAAUGUAAUUUAGUUGCUUUUUUGUGUUUGAACGGUAACAUGCAUGCUUUUGAUUUUCAAUUCAUAAUUUAUUUUCUAAAUGAGUAUUUAUUAUUAAUUCUAUUAUUUUAGGACUUACCAUACCACCAAGUUCAUGUCUACUUAAUAGUAAUCAAUUGUCAAUUCCUGUACAUGUUAUUGUGAAAGAAGACCCAGGUUUGAGUUAGAAAUAUUGAAUAGGAUAAUAUACAAAAAUUAACAUUUACUUUUAAUAUAGAUACCAGUCCCAAUAUGUAUGAUAAUUUAUAUCCACCAUCAAAUACAAUUGGUAUUGUUCAAUCGCCACCUAUGUAUAAUUCGAGGACACCUUCACCACAGGGAGGAUAUCAAUUCCCACUUAAUAUAACUUCUAGCAACACUUAUUAUGCACAGAAUUCAUUAUCAAACAAUGUCCAUUCACCUAUUAUAGGUAAGCAAAUAUUUUAUUUAUCUUCACACCCUAAUAAUAAUAAAAAAGUGAUAUCAAAAAAAAAAUUAUUACUUAUAUUAUUAAUGCAUUUUUAUCAUAAGAGAAAAAACUCAUGACCUUCCACGGGAAAAUUGUUUUUAUUUUUUACUUUAAAAUGUAAUGUACUUACAUGAUCAAUAUAUGCAAGUAGUAAGUAAACAUUGUAAAAUAAACAAUGUAAACAUUUGUGACGCCAUUAAAUUGAUUUAAAUGCAGUAAUAAUAAAAAUACAUAAAUAUGUAUUACAAUAAUAAAAUAAAAAAAGAAAUUUAAAUUUUGAUUGCAAUAAUUCGUCAUUACUUUCAAUAUAUCAGUUAAAUUAUACUAUAUCCUAUACCUUUUAGACUUUUCAAUUGCUUUAGUGAUCUCUCAAAUAGAUAUUUUGAAUAUUUAUUUUAUAUUGUUAUAUCUUGAGCUUAUGGGUAACCAUAAAUGGGUAUGUCACAAGCAGAAAUGAAUCUGAAGCAUUGAAAAUUGUAAUGAAAAUAAAUGUAGGAGGAAAACUGAAAAAGAGAUGGUUGGGUGCUAUUGAAAAUGAUGUGACAGCUGCAGUAUGCAAGGUAGAUCAGGUCAAGUGAAAAUUUAGAAUGAGAAUGGCCGAUCACAAAUUAUCCAGAUGAAGGUAGAUAAAUCUCAACAAAUUAUAUUUGAUCUCUUUUUUAGAUUCUGAACGAAUCGAACAAUGUGUUGGUUUUACAUAUUUAUUUUUUUUUUUCUGUGGACAACUUUUCUAUCAAAAAUUUUGCUCAGAUUUUCAAGUAUAGCACUUUCUGAAAAGAAAUCUGACUGAGGUGGUACUUUUAGGAAGGUGAGUUUUUUUUUGAUUUUCUGAGCUGGUUUCAUAAGUAAUAAAAAAAAAAACUAAUAUUUAUGAAAAUAUAUUAUUUUUAAAUCGUAGUAAAAUAUUACGGCCUUUCAAAACAUUUAGUUGAAGUCCACUCAGAAUUGUUUUUUAGUAGCAAAUAUUAAUUCUUUCGUACAGAUAUACAUUAAAUUCCCCUCUAUAUUUUACCUUCCCAACUUCUUAUCUACAAUAGUGACCCACCCAUUGUGCAAAGUAUGUUAGUAUAUUUUUUUGAAUUACCUGUAUAAUAAACACACACUAUAUUUCGAUUCUUGGAAUAUUUUAUUUUGAAAAUUUAAAAUCUGAUUUGUAUAGGUUAUAUAAAUUAUAUUUUAUAUUUAUAUUAGUUUUAGUUUUAUUUAGUAUUUAUUUCUUAAUUUUAUCUAAUUAUGUAUUUCAUAAAUGGUUAUAUAAUUGGUUCAAAAUUCUUUAAUUAGUAACAAUGUAAUAUUACACACACACACACACAUAUUUUUAAUGGAAAAAUCAAGUUAUCAAUGUUAUUUAUUUGUUUAGGAACUUCAACAAACUGUGGUUCAAUGAGUGGUUGUAUUAUUACAGAAGUUGGUUCUCCACAUAAAAGUCAAAGUAUAUCAUCGCAAACAAAUAGUGCUCCAUUAACAGUUAUAACAAAUAGUUUACCUUGUCCAACAGAAGACAACAAUGAACCUAUUUUUAUGGAUACAUUCUCAAGUCUAGACCAAUUAGAUUCUAGUGAGUUAAGAGAGUUUCAAAAUGAUAACACAAUGGAAGAUACAGAACAAGUUUUAUCAGCCAAUUUGUGUGCUAGCUUACAGUUAGAAGUUGGUAGUACACCUAGUGAUUCUAACAAAGUAGUUAAUCCAGAAAAUAUGAAUAUUUCAGAUAGCACUUUAGAUAAAAUUGAAUUCUUCUAAAUGUAAAAAUAACAUAUUGAUGUAAAAAGAAAAAAAUCUAAUUUAUAAUUUUGUUAAGUUAAAUAUUAUAUAAUAUAAUAUAUACAUUGUUUUUCAUUUUAUACUAUUUGUUAUUAUCUGUUAUAAUUUUAUCCAAUUGACAUUUUUAUCUAUAAACACACUGUGAAAUGUUUGCAACUGAAGAAUGGACAUCUGUUGAAAUAAAUAAAAUACUGAUCAAUUCAAGUUACCAUUUGAAUGUACUACAUAAAUAUGGUUUUCAUUACCUGUUUCCUAAUGUAUUUCACUACUAUUUCAAUUUUUUCUGGGUCAUCACAGUUUUGGUUGAAUACUCUACGCCAUACCAUGCCAGCUAAAACCUUAUCAUUAGUGAGCCAUCCCUCAUCAUAACCUAUUAAAGCUCCUUGAAAUUGUUCAUUUAAUUCUUUUAUUUGAGUAUUACGAAUGUCUGGAUUUAUCUAAAAAUAUUAUAAAAUUAUAUAAGUAAACUAGGU